AUGCCCAAGGCGAAGACGCCAGCCAGCCCCGGCGUGCCAGGCAAAGUGAAGAAGAAGGGCCAGGGUCAAGCCAUUCAGACAGCCGCGUCCAUGUCCACAUCAACGUCCUCGCCCGCAUCCACGGCGGCCACGGCGAGCUCCAAAGCCCCACCGCCUGCCUGGCCUCCGUUCAAGCCAGCCUUGCCUGUGACGGACCUGCUCCCUGAGCCUCUCGAGCAGUGCCCCGACAAGGUCGUGCUGCUGCCCAAUUUCUGGCCCAAGUCCCUCUGCAACACCUUUGUUGCCUUUCUACGGGGCCUGGCGCUCGAGACAACGCCCGGUGGCCGGCCCAAGCGAAACAUGGCCGCUCGCGUCAACGACCGCUUCCAGGUUGACGAUCCUGCCUUUGCCCGUCGUCUCUGGCUUGGUACCGGCCUUCGUGACGCCCUGCAGCGGGAAGAUGUCAGAGCCCUCUGGUCAGUCGAACCCGUUUUCUCCUCCCCGUUCCUUUUUUCCAGAAGUCAUCAGCAUCCUCAAAUAUGUGGUAUCACACACCUCGAUGCCGUCAUGCUCGCGUUCCUCCACUUCCCCCACGCUGCCGCUGCCGCAGCUGCACGGGGUGCCACCAGUCAGCCUUGGACUGGCCGCGCCCUCCAAAGGACAUGGGUUUCGCCAUCGACGGUAUCCAACACAUGCUCGGCAUCGGCAUCGCUCCCAACCCGAGACUCCAUCGGGCCUGUUGACGAGAAAAUCCUUGCUGAUCAGUUGCAUAUUGUGCCACAGGGGUGGUGA